CGUGGUUUUAAUAUAGAAAACUCCUUGUUUGGUGUUUUUUUUUUUUUCAUUGUUGCCUAUUAUGCGUUACGAAAUAAACGAAUUACAGGCUUGUUUAAAAACGCCGAUUUUUUUUUUAGUGGGUGAAUUGCACAACAUGACCCAUUUGUUGGUCAGGGGAACAUACCAUUGGGGGGGUUUUGGCGACGCAACCCAGCAGCAGCAGCAGAUCUUCAUCGCCACGUCGCGCUGACAGCAGCAAGACAGAGAAGAUUAAUAGCCCGAAGCUGAGGAGCACGCUCAUAGAGUUGCCACUGCUAUUGAAGUAUAUGGCAUUAUUCGUGCUCUUCGGACUCCUCAUCCUCAGUCCACGAACUUCUGCGUCUUGCAGUGACGCGAGGUCGAGCAGAGAAGACGCCGAGCGCUUUCGGGUUGAACAAGCUGCGCCUUUCAGACCCAAACGACCCCCACAUAUCAUCUUCAUACUGACAGAUGACCAGGGUUUCAAUGACAUCGGAUAUCACAACAGACACAUCCGCAGCCCGACGCUGGAUAAGCUGGCUUCACAGGGAGUGCGCCUGGAGAACUACUAUGUCCAGCCGCUGUGCACCCCGUCCCGCAGCCAGCUCAUCACAGGCAGAUAUCAAAUUCACACUGGCCUCCAGCACUCCAUCAUCAGACCACGUCAACCCAGCUGCCUCCCUCUGGAUGUGGUCACACUCCCUCAACGCUUACAGGAAGUCGGUUACUCCACUCACAUGGUGGGGAAGUGGCAUUUGGGCUUCUAUCGGAAAGACUGUUUGCCCACACGUCGGGGAUUUCAGAGCUACUUCGGCUCAUUGACCGGCAGCGUAGACUAUUAUACAUAUGGCUCAUGUGACGGCAAGUCAUUGUGUGGCUUUGACCUCCACGAAGGUGAGUCCGUGGCAUGGGGGAAAGCGGGGAAGUACUCAACUCACCUCUACACCCAAAGAGUGCGCAAAAUCUUAGCAACACACGACUCAACCAGUCAGCCUCUUUUUAUCUUCCUUUCCCUUCAGGCGGUGCAUACACCUCUAAAGCCACCCAAAGAGUACAUCUAUCCGUACCGCCGCAUGGGCAACGUCCCCCGCAGGAAAUACGCAGCCAUGGUUUCUAUCGUUGACGAGGCUGUCCGAAACAUAACUUACGCGCUGCGAAAGUAUGGCUUCUACCGUAAUAGCAUCGUCAUCUUCUCCACUGACAACGGAGCCCAGCCAUUAACAGGGGGCAGUAACUGGCCCCUACGAGGGUGUAAGGGGACAUAUUGGGAAGGUGGCAUUAGAGGGGUGGGUUUCGUGCACAGUCCCUUGAUACGCCAUCGAAGAAGGGUCAGCAGAGCCCUUAUACACAUCACGGACUGGUAUCCAACUCUAGUUGGACUUGCUGGGGGCAAUGUGUCGCACCAUCAGGGCUUAGACGGGUUUGAUGUUUGGCCUACCAUUAGUGAAGGAAAGAAAUCCCCACGAAUGGAAAUUCUGCACAACAUCGACCCUCUUCAUCGGCGGAGUCAGGGCUCGUUGAAGGACGGCUAUGGAUUGUGGGACACCACCGUGCAAGCAUCCAUCAGAGUGGGCGACUGGAAGCUUUUGACGGGUGACCCUGGCCAUGGGGAUUGGGUGCCGCCCCAGGUCCUUACAAACUUCCCCAGCAGCUGGUGGCACCUGGAGCGACAGAUUGAAAUAAAAAGAAAAUCAGUUUGGCUCUUCAAUGUUACAGGCGACCCUUGUGAACGGCAUGACCUUGCAGCGCACAGGCCUGACGUCGUCAAGGAACUGCUAGCACGGCUAGUGUUUUACAAUCGCACUGCAAUACCUGUUCGCUACCCGCCAGAUGAUGCCCGCGCCAACCCCAGUUUGAAUGGCGGUGCAUGGAGACCUUGGGUGAACGACGACGAAAAGCAGGAAAACUGGGAUGGAAUUUAUUACAAGAGAGGGAAGAAUCGCAAAAGAAAGAAAUGUAGGCUCUGCAAAGUACAAUCGUUCUUCAAGAAGCUUAAUUUAAAGAUUAUGACAAAACAAAUAUAAGAUUCUACUGCUGUUGGACACCACUUACAAUUACAAACUUAAUUUCUGACCAUGUUUAAGACCUGGAAAGGAAUAUUACACCCAGGCCAUCCAAGAUCUACAUGACAUUUUUCUCAGGUGAAGACAAAUUAAGGUUUUAGAGGAAAACAUGCUCACCAAAGACUAUUUUCGACAGUCCAAAAUCCAUCUUUACACAGAUUAAAAGUAAUCCACAUGUCCACAACUGAUAAAUAAGGGUUGGUAAAUAUGUUAUACACUUUUUAACCACAAGGGCUUACAUUGGUCAAGUUUGGUUUAGUUCCCGACCUCUUGUCUGCAGAUGUCUUUAUUCACAAAAGAUACAGCUCAACAGAAGCAUUUACUUGGUUACCUUUCUUUUAACUCUUUCCCUACCAUCAACCAGUUAUCUCGUCUUUUAAAAGACAACACUUCCCCGCCAAAAACAAGUUUUACAGCUUUCCGUGUUUUCACUGUUAUACACUGGGGGGCACUAUUACACAUCUUCUGAAUGAGUACAAAACCUCCAGAACAAAAACACACAUGAAGAGGACGGAGAAACGAGCGAUCUCUUAUGUAAACAGAUGCACAUCAGUAAUAGACAGCAUAUAAAUGAAAACUGCAUAAUGUUACAGAGUAAAAUGAUGAUCCAUGAAGUGGUUUAUGUCUGUGCAAGCUUUGGAGGAGAUGAUGGAAGCGACUAACUGGAUUUAUACUUUGAUAAUCAUACUGACUAUUAUCCUGAUGUAUUUUUUGAUAGAAAUGUGAUUUCCUCACCCUUUUGCUCAAAAAAAUGCAUUUUUAUGAAACCUACCUAUAUUCAAGUGUUGAUUAAAAAAAAGAAUGCUUUAAGCUAGAUUUAAACUGUUUUUUUAUGUAUUGCAUAUUAAAAUAUUCAUACAGCAAAAUAGUGAAAAUCAUCAAAAGUGCUCGCGGUGGAUGGCAACUUUUUAAAAAAAGUGCUAGCGGGGAAAGAAUUAAACCGAGGUUGAUAGUUGUGUGGUAUAAAUAACUCAAAAAAUAACAACAUUUGUGUGAGCUUAUAAAACUGCAUGUAUUAUUACAAUACAGUUGUACUGACAAAUUCUGUUUACAGCAGUUUGAUUGUCUUUUAUUUCUUUUGAGCAAAUAAAACGUCAAGUUAAUGCAGUGUUGCAACAUUUGGUGAAAUUAUGUGAACUGUGAAACUAUUAAUUAAAAUUAUUAACAAUG